GCAUCUCCGGAGUUUAUAAAAGCUCCUGGCUCUGCUCUGGAGCUCGCUGGCUCUGGCUGUGUGCCUGGGUAGCCUGCAAGGACGGUGGUUCACUGAUCUCCGGUGAGAAGGCGCUGAGAGAGUCCUUGUGAGCUUCUGCUGGGUUCCCUUCUGGGGGCUGGGACACUCCCCGCCCCUCCCCCGCCGCCACCUGCUGCACACUGGGCCCCCUCCCCACCAGGGCCGUGGAUGGUUCUGCUCCUCCCUGACUGAAGAUCGGGGGUUUUCUGGACGCCCGGCUUGGCCCUAUCACCUUGCUGUGUGACCUUGGGCAGGUGGCCCCUUCUCUCUGAGCUUCCAUCUCCCUCCUCUGAGCUCAACAGCCACCAUGGCCGACGGGCAGAUGCCAUUCUCUUGCCACUACCCCAGCCGCCUGCGCCGGGACCCCUUCCGGGACUCGUCCCUCUCCUCCCGCCUCCUGGAUGAUGGCUUUGGCAUGGACCCCUUUGCUGAUGACUUGACCGCCUCGUGGCCGGACUGGGCUCUGCCCCGGCUCUCCUCGCCAUGGUCUGGGACCCUGAGGUCAGGCAUGGUGCCCCGGGGGCCCACUGCCACGGCCAGGUUCGGGGUACCUGCUGAGGGCAGGAGCCCCCCACCCUUCCCUGGGGAGCCCUGGAAAGUGUGCGUCAAUGUGCACAGCUUCAAGCCCGAGGAGCUGAUGGUGAAGACCAAGGAUGGCUACGUGGAGGUGUCCGGCAAGCAUGAAGAGAAGCAGCAUGAAGGUGGCAUCGUUUCCAAGAACUUCACCAAGAAAAUCCAGAUUCCUGCAGAGGUGGAUCCUUCAACAGUGUUUGCUUCCCUCUCCCCAGAGGGUCUGCUGAUCAUCGAAGCCCCCCAGGUCCCGCCCUACGCACCAUAUGGAGAGAGCAGUUUCAACAAUGAGCUGCCCCAAGACAGCCAGGAAGUCACCUGUACUUGAAGCACCCAGCUGGGUCCUACCCUCAAUCCCUCCCCAGCCCAGAGCGUCUCUACUUCCAUCUAGGCUAUGUUACUUUAGCUGAACUCAGUUUUCAAGGCACUAAAAUGUCAAGGGGUGGGGGUCGGGGGGAUGACCACAGACUCCCUGGAUAGUGUAGCAGUAGUUCUCAUGGCAACUGGGCGCAAUUGGCGAUUGGUUGCCUUAGGCCAAGUACUGGUUUUUCCUUGACUUUUCUUUUUCUACUUUGAUGACAAUGUUGCACCUGCUGUUGUUGCAAAACCCACCGCAGGGGCCUUCCUGGUUCACACCCUAUCUGUCCUCACUGCUAAGGUGAGGACUGCUUCGCUCUUUCUGGGGACCUGCCUAUCACCCAGAUUCCCACGCUGGCUUUCUGUUUCUGUGCCUGCCACGUGGUCUGGUUGAGGAAGCCCAAGGGCUUGGUCCACUUUGGAUGCUCCCAGCUCAUAAAAAGCCAUGGACAGACCUUCUGUCCUCACGUGGGGCUUACCCACCAGGGCGGUCUUGCCCUUUGCCCAGACGUUGAUAGCAUGUUGCUGAGGACCCCAAGGACACUGGGAGCCCCGCGGUUCUUUCUCUGGCUAAGGUCCCCCUCCCUUUCUCACGUCCCUUAGGUCCACAUUGGGAUUUUACCAUGGGGAUGUCUCUAGACAGCUCCACCAGGAACCAAGCCUGGCAGACAGGCUAGUGGUAUUGUGUGUCAUUACUGUUUGACUUGUGCUGUUGUGGAGGGGGAAAUGACAGUAAAUCAUGAAUCAUAAUAAAGGAGUUGAUGUUCUUA